GGUAUUAUUUCAGUGGGGCUUGUUUCGAGAGAUGGAAAAGUGUUGUUUUCACGCCAAUUUAUUUCAAUGCGCAAGACGUUUGUAGAGGCUCUGUAUUCAAGAUUUUCACGGAAAAUCCCAGCCGCCACAUCAGGCUCCAAAUCGUCGUCUUCCACUCUGGAUCAUUCUCUGAUUGAAGAUGAAAAUUGUAGAUAUAUCUUUCAGCCAUUGGAUGGCUCUAUAUUUUUGGUGUUGGUUACACUCCCUACGUCUAACGUUGUAUUGGAUUUUCAGCAACUUCGUUCUCUGGCCACCAUUAUUUCUAGCAUCGCCGGAGAAAAAAAUCGUCUGCAUGGACUUGAAGAUAUGAUGCGUAAUGUGUUCCCUAUUAUUCAUGCUAUCGAUGAGACAUUUUUCCCGCUCUCCAUUCCUGACUCGUGCUCGAUCUCUGCCGUGCAAACAGCACUGGAGAUGUAUUCGCAGGCAGAGAAAAUGGAGGACCUCGUUAUAAAGGACAAAGAAAGAGAGACAAAAGAAAAGGCAAAAGAAAAGCUAAAGCAGUUAGAGGCCAUUAGGAAGGAGAAAAAAGCUUCCGCCUCGUCCAUGGCCGCUUCAACCCAGCCAGUGAUGCCGACUCAGUUGGUAUACACCGCCUCUCAAUCACCGACAGAUAAUUACAACAAUGGAUCUUCUUUUGUUGCUGGUUCUACUUCCAAGUCGGGGGGAAUGCAGCUUUCAAAAAAGAAAUCGCAAAUUCCCUCCACUUUGAUAAACACCUCUGGGCCUGUACAAAAGAAAAUCGAAGUUGCUUCAAUUGAGCAAGUUUCAAGCCGCUCAAAAGUUCAAUUGGUUGUGUCUGAAAUAAUUUCUCUAACUCUAUUGAAAAGUGGCGGCGUUGAAAGUUUGGAAUUGAAAGGGGACCUUGCUGUUCAGGUUAAUGAUCCACGUUUCUCUACAUCGCCUAUUUCUGUUUCAUUUAACUCCAAAAGAGAGGGUCUGUUGUUUAAGGUUCCUCGCACGCAUCCAAACAUCGACAAGGCAGCUUUCAACAGCAAAUCUAUUCUCUUGCCAAAGGACCAUAAAAAGUCUUUUCCGCAAGGACAACCGAUAUCUAUCCUUAAAUGGAGGUACACGUCUAAAGAUGAAUCCGAUAUCCCGCUGAUUGGUGUUUUGUGCCAUUUAAUGAUCUAG